CUGGCGGUCGCUGCGCGCGCUCCGGAGCCUCUGCCUGCGCCGAGCGGCCGGCCGAGAGCCCUCCCGGGACUGCGGCGCCGAGUGGAGCGCGGGGCCGGCGGCCACAGAGCCGGCCCGCGGAAGUCCUCGGGCUCCCGGGCGCGCCCUCCAGCCGCGCUCCAUGCGCCGGCCGCGGCCCGGCCCCCCGCCCCGUCGCUGACGGCGCCCGCCGCCCCGGGCAGCACUCAUGCUCCGCGCGCGCCGGGAGUCGUAGGCUGCAGCUGCGCCGCGGCUCCGGGAGCCGGCGGGGGCGUCAAUGGAUCGCCAUUCCAGCUACAUCUUCAUCUGGCUGCAGCUCGAACUGUGCGCCAUGGCCGUGCUGCUCACCAAAGGUGAAAUCAGAUGCUACUGUGAUGCUGCGCACUGCGUGGCAACUGGCUACAUGUGUAAAUCUGAGCUGAGCGCCUGCUUCUCCAGACUUCUUGAUCCUCAGAACACAAAUUCCCCGCUCACCCAUGGCUGCCUGGACUCUCUCGCAAGCACAGCAGACAUCUGCCAAGCCAAACAGGCACACAACCACUCUGGCCCCACCAUGCCCACAUUGGAAUGCUGUCAUGAAGACAUGUGCAAUUACAGAGGCCUGCACGACGUUCUCUCUCCUCCCAAGGGAGACGCCUCAGGACAACGAAACAGGCAUCAGCAUGACGGUAGCAGAAACUUCAUCACCAAAGUGCAGGAGCUGACGUCUUCCAAAGAGCUGUGGUUCCGGGCAGCCGUGAUCGCCGUUCCCAUCGCCGGGGGCCUGAUUUUAGUGUUGCUCAUCAUGUUAGCCUUGAGGAUGCUUCGAAGUGAAAACAAGAGACUGCACGAUCAGCGGCAGCAGAUGCUCUCCCGUUUGCACUACAGCUUUCACGGACACCAUUCCAAGAAGGGGCAGGUGGCCAAGUUAGACUUGGAGUGCAUGGUGCCAGUGAGUGGCCAUGAGAACUGCUGUCUGACCUGUGAUAAGAUGAGACAAGCAGACCUCAGCAACGAUAAGAUCCUGUCGCUCGUUCACUGGGGCAUGUACAGUGGGCAUGGGAAGCUGGAAUUCGUAUGACGGAGUCUUAUCUGAGCUGGACUUCUUGGACGCUUGAAGGCCUCUGAGUUCUGCUGGACAGGAGCACUUUAUCUGAAGAAAAACAAACUCGUGUAAUCAUCUUUGAGAGACACAAUGACCUCUGCAAAUAGAAUCUUGGAUAUUUCUUCUGAAGGAUUAUUUGCACAGACUUAAACACAGUCAAAUCUGUUAUUUGCUUUAAAAUUAUUAAAAGCAAAGAGAAGACUACGUACACACUGUUGCCAGGGUUAUUUGCAUCUGAGCGAGCUGGAAUCGAGUACUUAAUAAACUAAAAUGUGCUCUAUGGAAGCUCCUACAGCUUGAUUUAUUGUAAAGAUUAAAAAAUAUAUAUAUAUAUUUUGUCUGAAA